UUCGAAACAUAUAGUUGGUGUAAAGAUCACGUAGCUAUCACCAAAGAGCUCAGACGUAUUUUUUUCUCUCGCGUCGUGCGUCCGUCGUUUCGAUGGUAAACGCAUGCGCCGCGUUUCAAAACUCAAAAACACACGAUACACGAUACGAUACGUAUUUUCGUACAUAACCUCUUUGACAUUGACAACAGCAAUAAGUAGACCGGCCGUUCUGUUGUUCAGAUUUCAAUAUUAUAUUAUAAAUAUUCGAAAGCAAAUUGUGUACUGGUCUUGUACGCGAAUAUCUGAAGAAAAUGGAGGAUAUGGAGGUGGGAACUCUUGAGCAGGAGUGCCGAAUUGAAGGCAAAAAUUUGAUUGGAAAAGAGAGGAUGCCGGAACACGGAGAGAUUGAGAGCGAAUCCGAAAACAAGGUAAUUAACGAUGAAACCGAUCAAUCUGGAGUAAUCGAUGACGUUAACAACGAGAACGAUGAUGAUGAUGAGGACGAGGAUGACGAUAAUGCGGAUGAAACCGAAGUUAAAAUGCUCGAAGCUUCACUCGUUCAAAAUCCUUACGAUUAUUCCAGUCAUCUCGCACUCAUCCUAAAAUUGCAAACUAUGGGGGAAUUGGAACGUUUAAGAACUGCUAGAGAAAACAUGAGCUCGAAAUAUCCUCUGAGUCCUGAUAUAUGGUUGUCCUGGCUAAGAGACGAAAUCAAAUUGGCUAUGACACUGGAACAACGCGACUCCGUUACCAUGCUUUGCGAAAGAGCUAUCAAGGAUUAUUUGUCCGUUGAUAUUUGGUUGGAAUACUUACAAUUCAGUAUAGGAUCAAUGGGGCUGGAAUCAAACGCUAUGAAUAACAUAAGGCAAUUAUUUGAAAGAGCUUUAACUGCUGUUGGAUUACAUGUCACCAAAGGAGCUAUAAUUUGGGAAGCAUAUAGGGAAUUUGAAACAGUUUUACUCUCAAUGAUUGACUCUGGUAAUGAGAGAGAAAUAAAAGAGCAUCUGAAUCACAUUGGUGGUCUUUUUCGUCGUCAAUUGGCUUGUCCCCUGUUGGACAUGGAAAAAACGUUGCAAGAGUACGAAAUAUGGCGUAAAACUGACGGUGCAAACGCAACAAUCGACGAAAAUAUAGUAAUGGGUGGAUAUGAGCGAGCUUGGGUAAGCCUAAAAGAGAGAUUACCUUUCGAGGAAAAGCUCGUUUCUGCUCAAGGCGAUAACGAGCUCUGGGACGCUUAUCAGGGAUACUUACUUUAUGAAAAGAAGAACGGAGAUCCGGGUCGUGUAAAUGUGCUUUACGAGCGAGCAGUUGCAGAAUUGAGUCUCGAACCUCGUCUUUGGCUCGACUAUAUGACUUUUCUCGAGAACAACUUGAAGAUCGAAUCAAUCCUGGCAGAUGUUUUCGUUAGGGCUAGUAGAAAUAUUCCGUGGUGCGCUAAAAUUUGGCAAAAAUGGAUCAGAGCGAUGGAAAAAUGGAACAAGCCUCUGCUGGAAGUUCAAGCUCUUCUUGAAAACGCUCUCACCGCGGGUUUUCCUACGGCCGAGGAAUACAGAAGUGUUUGGAUCAUGUACAUCGAAUACCUACGAAGGAGAAUAAAUCACAACGGUUCUGCAGCCGAUGAGGAAAAACAAAUCGAAGUUAUACGAAAAACAUUCGAGCGCGCGUGUGAACAUCUCGCCAAACUUUUCGGUCUCCAAGGUGAUCCAAAUUGCGUGAUACUCCAAUAUUGGGCACGUACCGAAGCGAUUCACGCCAACGACAUGGAGAAAGCAAGGUCUUUGUGGUCCGAUAUACUGUCCCAGGGUCAUUCGCCGAACGCCUCGAGUUGGCUAGAAUACAUUUCGCUCGAAAAAUGUUACGGCGACACGAAACAUUUGCGAAAAUUGUAUCAAAAAGCUUUGUCAGCGGUGAAAGAUUGGCCGGAAAGUAUCGUCAAUUCUUGGAUAGAUUUUGAGCGCGACGAGGGCACUCUCGAGCAGAUGGAACACUGCGAAACAAAAGUCAACGAAAAGAUGGAAAAAGUAUUGGAGGAAAGACAAAAUAUGCAGCAGAAUGUUUCGCACGACACGGAAAAUGUCGGACUGACGAAGAAAUCUAGCAAACGGAAACCGGACGAUGGAAGAUGGAAAAAUCUCGGAGUUUCGCCACAUAAGCAAGCUCGAGUUGAAAAGCCAAAAGCAAGAGACAGUAUUCUAAGCUUCGACAACAAGAUGGCUCAAUCUUUGUCGGAAGAGCCAUCGACUAGUAAAUCUCUUACUUCAAAAUCCAAAAUCGCCCCACCACCUGGUUUUCCAGGAGCCGAGGAAGAAAAAAUGGAUACCGGAAGUACUCACGAGGUUGAUGACAAGAUAACGGUAUUCGUUAGUAAUCUGGAUUACACAGCAACAGAAAAAGAAGUAGAAGAAGCUCUGACCCCAGUAGGACCAGUCACUCUUGUAAGACUCGUACAGGACUACAAAGGUCGUAGCAAAGGAUUUGGCUACGUGCAGCUUAUAGAUUCCGAUGGGGUUGAGCGAGCUUUACAAUUGGACAGGACGCCGAUAAAGGGACGUCCCAUGUUCAUUUCACGAUGCGAUCCUAAUAAAACCACUCGAGGACCGGGAUUCAAGUAUCGCUGUACACUCGAAAAGAACAAGCUUUUUGUUAAAGGUCUUCCGGUAUCAACGACGAAAGAAGAUUUGGAAAAGUUGUUCGAGGCUUACGGAUCAUUGAAAGACGUUCGUCUGGUAACUUACCGUAACGGCCACUCCAAAGGUUUGGCAUACGUCGAAUUUAUGGACGAAACAAGCACUGCAAAAGCUCUGCUUGCUACUGACGGAAUAACGGUUGGGGAUAAAAUAAUAAGCGUUGCGAUAAGUCAACCUCCGGAACGGAGGAAAACAGUAGUCGACGAAGUGCCCCAAAUAAAAUCUCUCGGUGGGACUAGCGUGAGCAGAACAGCUUUUGGCGGGCCAAAAACACUGUUGUCGAUGAUUCCGCGCAAUGUAAAAGCUGCUGGAAACAGUGGACCAACUAUUGCUUCAGGAAAUGGUGCCAAACAGCCAUUGAACAAUCAAGACUUCAGAAAAAUGCUCUUGAAUAAAAAAUAGUCGAUCAUGUGUCGAAAAAUGAGGA